UCUGCGCCCGACAUGUGGGGUCUCUUGCUGGCCUUGGCGGCCUUAGCGCCUUCUGUCGGCCUGGGUCUGGGGGCGCCCAGCGCCUCCGUGCUGGGCCUAACACCGUCGGCGACCACCGAGGCCACGGGCUCGACCCCGGCUCCGCGUAGCAGUCCUGCACAGCCGCCCGGGAAGACUAACGCGACUUCAGAACAACAGAUUCAGAUUCGAGUCAUCAAAAAGAAAAAGGUCAUUGUGAAGAAGCGAAAGAAAUUAAUUCGCCCCAGUCCUCCAGUGACUGCCAAGCCCAUGGUGACCACCAGCCCAACAGGGUCUCCUAAUCUCCCUGAGAAACAAGAACCAGGCUGUCCCCCUUUGGGCCUGGAGUCCCUGCGAGUUUCAGAUAGCCAGUUUGAGGCAUCCAGCAGCCAGUCCUUUGGUCUUGGACCACAUCGAGGUCGGCUCAACAUCCAGUCAGGCCUGGAGGAUGGUGAUCUAUACGAUGGUGCCUGGUGUGCUGAGCAGCAGGACACUGAGCCAUGGUUUCAGGUGGAUGCUAGGAACCCCAUCCGCUUCUCAGGCAUUGUCACACAGGGCAGGAACUCUGUCUGGAGGUAUGACUGGGUUACAUCAUACAAGGUCCAGUUCAGCAAUGACAGUCGGACCUGGUGGACAAGUCGGAACCACAGCAGUGGGAUGGAUGCGGUAUUUCCUGCCAAUUCAGACCCAGAAACCCCAGUGCUGAACCUCCUGCCAGAGCCUCAGGUGGCCCGUUUCAUUCGUCUGCUGCCCCAGACCUGGUUCCAGGAAGGUGCGCCUUGCCUCCGGGCAGAGAUCCUGGCCUGCCCUGUCUCAGAUCCUAAUGACCUACCCCCGGAGGCCCAUUCGCUGGGAUCUUCUGACCCUCUGGACUUUCGGCAUCACAAUUAUAAGGCCAUGAGGAAGCUGAUGAAGGAGGUGAAUGAGCAAUGCCCCAACAUCACCCGCAUCUACAGCAUUGGGAAGAGCUACCAGGGCCUGAAGCUAUAUGUGAUGGAAAUGUCAGACCAGCCUGGGGAGCAUGAGCUGGGAGAGCCUGAGGUACGCUAUGUGGCUGGCAUGCAUGGGAAUGAGGCCCUGGGGCGGGAGCUGCUUCUGCUCCUGAUGCAGUUCUUGUGCCAUGAGUUCCUGCGUGGGAACCCACGAGUGACCCGGCUGCUCACUGAGAUGCGCAUUCACCUGUUGCCCUCCAUGAACCCUGAUGGCUAUGAGACCGCCUACCGCCGGGGCUCAGAGCUUGUGGGCUGGGCAGAAGGUCGCUGGAACCACCAGGGCAUUGACCUUAACCACAAUUUUGCUGACCUCAACACACCACUGUGGGAUGCCGAGGAUGAUGGGCUGGUGCCCCACGUUUUCCCCAACCAUCAUGUGCCACUGCCUACUUAUUACACUCUGCCCAAUGCCACUGUGGCUCCUGAAACACGGGCAGUGAUUGAGUGGAUGAAGCGGAUCCCCUUUGUGCUGAGUGCCAAUCUCCAUGGGGGUGAGCUGGUGGUGUCUUACCCAUUCGACAUGACUCGGACCCCGUGGGCUGCCCGUGAACUCACCCCGACGCCCGAUGAUGCUGUCUUUCGCUGGCUCAGCACUGUCUAUGCUGGCACUAAUCGGGUCAUGCAGGACACAGAUCGCCGACCCUGCCACAGCCAGGACUUCUCUUUGCAUGGCAACAUCAUCAACGGGGCUGACUGGCACACAGUCCCCGGGAGCAUGAAUGACUUCAGCUACCUACAUACCAACUGCUUUGAGGUCACUGUGGAGCUGUCCUGUGACAAGUUCCCUCAUGAGAACGAGCUGCCCCAAGAAUGGGAGAACAACAAAGACGCCCUCCUCACCUACCUGGAGCAGGUGCGCAUGGGCAUUGCAGGAGUUGUGCGGGACAAAGACACACAGCUUGGGAUUGCUGAUGCUGUCAUUGCUGUGGAGGGGAUUAACCAUGACGUUACAACGGCUUGGGGCGGGGAUUACUGGCGGCUGCUGACCCCAGGGGACUAUAUGGUGACCGCCAGUGCUGAGGGCUACCAUUCAGUGACACGGACCUGCCGGGUCACCUUUGAAGAGGGCCCUGUCCCCUGCAAUUUCAUGCUCACCAAGACUCCCAAACAAAGACUGAGAGAGCUGCUGGCAGCAGGGGUCAAGGUGCCCCCAGAUCUUCGAAGGCGACUGGAGCGAUUGAGGGGACAGAAGGAUUAAGCUGAAGAGAGCCAACGUCUUGGACAGGCUGGACCUGUCCAGAACUGAAGGGGAAGAGUGGGGAGGGAGGGACAAAGUGGGGGUAGGGGUGCUUCAGCUCAUUAAAGCUACCUGGCACCUUA